AUGAUCAAACCAUUCGAAGAUCCUCCGGUAAUCGGUGACUGGUGCCGAGAAAAACGACUAGGAAAUGGAGCAUUCGGUGUGGUCACGCUCUGGAGGAACAAACAGACGCAGCAAACCGUGGCGAUAAAAAAGUUUCACAUUCUGCAAGAUAAGAACGAGAUCACCGAUAAGCACUGCGAGCGCUGGCGAAACGAGGUGAAACUGAUGACGGAAAAGGUGCAGAACGAUAAUAUCGUUCGCGCGGUCGCGGUGCAGCCGAGUUCCUUUAUUCAGGAGUUGUUGCGCAGCUCUGCAAACGGACUUCCGCUGCUCUGCAUGGAGUACUGUGAGGGAGGGGAUCUUCGCCGGGUGCUAAACCGGGUGGAAAACUGCUGUGGUUUGCGCGAGCAGGACGUCCGAGAUGUGUUGCAUUCACUGCGUAACGCCAUUGCGUACCUGCACAGUUUAAAAAUAACGCACCGCGAUAUAAAACCGGAAAAUCUGGUCCUGAAGCAGCAGGGCGAUCGUUUCAUCUAUAAACUAACGGAUCUGGGCUACGCUAAGGCACUGGACAAGCAGAGCCUGAACGCAAGUCUGGUGGGAACGGUGGAGUACAUCGCGCCUGAUUUGAUCUAUUGCGAUCGGUACAACUGCUCGGUGGACUACUGGUCGAUGGGCAUUAUUGGGUUCGAAAUAGUGACGGGCGUGCGGCCAUUCAUACCCCACGCACCCAUCACCCGGUGGAUGAUGCACGUUCAGCAGAAGAAAUCGGCCGACAUCGCGAUCACGGAGGAUAGCCGAGAGAACUACACAUAUCAUACGGAGAUGUUUGCGGAGAAUCACAUUUCCAUCAGUCUGCGGAAGCAACUGGAACGAUGGCUCGUGUUGGCACUGGAGUGGAAUCCUAAACGGCGUGGUUACGCACCACAUACGGUUUCUCCCAUUGCAGGAGCUGGUGAAUCUAUUUCGAACGGAGACACGCUACCAAAAGUGGUUACAUUCGCUCCAGAAAAAGAAAACGGCAACGGUUCGCCGGCUCCUUCGAUGGUUUUGAAAAUCUUCUCCCUACUGGAUCAGAUACUGGCGAAACGGUUCCUGACGCUGUUUUCGCUGUACGACUGCCGAUGGAUUUUCCUCGAAGUGACUGAGGAAACCAGCAUGGAAACGUUAUGCGAUCAGGUUUACCAAGCGACGGAUAUACCGGUGGGUGAGAUCGACUUCAUUCUGCCACUGGAGCAGAAACAACCGCGUGUGCAACCGGACACGCGCCCAAUCGAUCUGUACCUACCGAACUUUUACGGCAAGCCGAUGGUUUUUGUGAUGAAUCGAAGCUGCCGGGCGAGUAUUGUGCAGCGCGAUCUCAAACCCUGCAUACCGAAAAGUAUUACGGACGUGUUUCAGAACAUCAAAAGCAAGCUGAAGCCGCACAUGCUACGGCACUUCAUUGCCAAUGCGUACUACUUUAUCGCCAACGAGCAGCGGCUGUACGUGUUGCUACUCGAUGGCAUCCGCAACUACGGGCUGAUGCUGAACGACACCAUCGCCCGGCACAAGGAUGAGAUUAGCCGCAUGAACAAAGUCGUGUACGGUAUUCUGGGCGGCGUGGAGUACCACAAGCUUACUUUAUCUCAUGCGCGCGAUGCACUCAACACCGCCAAUCGAAUACCGUCAAGCACGUUCGAGACCGCCCGGCAACAGUGGGAUGAAAAGUGUGCUCGCAUCGAGACAAACGUUCGAAAGCUUGCGGAAAUGGCGGAUAAAAUCACAAAGCGAUACGAAUCGGUGUUGAAACGUAGCCGGGACGUGUUGCGGCACGCCUUGCUGGACGAUUUUGAGCAGCAGGAUUACUUUGGGUUGAAAAACGUCGAGGGACGGUAUGAGCAGUCGCGAGCCAGAAUCUUGGAGAGGAUCACCAAUGAAAAAUCUCACAUGGACAUGUCGCAGGCCGUGUACGAGUGUUUGAAGCGGCGAGAUGUGCUCUUACGCGACGCUGGCUUUCAGGAAUUGCAGCAGCAACUGUUAGAUAUACGCCACGAGAUGCAGGAAAUCGGAAAGGUGCUGGAAAAGAUAUUGGAACUGACGGAAAGGUACAAACGAGAGCUGGCCCGUCUAACGUUAGAGCACCAGGAUGGUGUAUGGAAGAUGCUGGACGGCAGCUUCCACUCCCACAACGGGUCACUCUCGAAUGGGACCGGUUCUGAUCUCGGGCGAAUAAUACCAGGUUCGCUGGAUAGCCGCCAGGACAGCUUAACGCCAAAGUUUUUAGUUGGUGGACCAAUGACACCACUGCAGGCCUCCAUCGGAAGCAGUAUCAUUAGUGAGAAUCUCCUAGGCAUAGACGAAGGUCCGAAUGUGGAGGAUUUGAUUGCCGCAAAUCAUACGUUGAUUAUGACAACAAACGAAUUGUUGAGUGAUAGCUUUAUGAUGUUGAAGUGAACCUUCGUUACAUGGUUGAGAUUUAUCGAUGUUGAAUGAUAAGAGUACGAGAGUGAUGGAUGUGAAUUGAAUUCACAUUUCCAGUAAGCGUGCCUGAAAUACGACAGCAAUUGGUGCUACGAGUGGCCAUUACGCGAAUGUUUGGAAAGUGUCCUGUGUUGUUACCAGAUUUUAGGGACAAUUUUAUCUUACUUUAUGCGAA